GAAGUAAAAGUGUCCACGGAAGCAACGCGGCAUCGGAUAUGAGCACUCCGCCAACGUUCGGCUCCAAGAAGAGCAAAAAGCAAAAAGCUAGACGACGCGACCAGGCAAAUGGCGGCGCAGCAAACGCUGAAGGCGUAACUCCAGCUUCGGCAAGCUCAUCGUUCAAUCAAACCACCCAGGAUCUGGCAGAGGCGCCGCCCCUCUCUACGUCCUUACCGGACAUUGCGUUUCCCGAUGUCGCGGAGCAGGAACGUGCCGUGGAGGCGGUGAAGGCGACCCUGCCAAGCUUGUCGAAUCGAGAGGAGCUUCGGAAGGAUCCCAUCUACCGCAUUAUGCACGCAUUGCCGCGGUCGGACGUGCUUGAGGUGGUGCGGAGUCGCUUUGCCGCUGCGCACUGCGUCCGUGCGGCGGCGUACUUCGACCUCUCCUACACGACGAACCCCCUUCGACACCUUCGCUUGCAAAUUGGGUGCGAUGGACCGACUGGGCUGCAUCUCUUCUUUUCUCGCAUCGCGGCGCAUCGGCACACGCUGCGUAUGCUUGACCUGUCACGCAAUCGCCUGUGUGCCGAAGACGUGGUGCGGCUGUGCAACCUGCUCGGGCUCGGCGCGGAUGGCCGCGUGGCGGUGUCACUCGUGCCAGACGCCGUCGAAGUGACAAAGGGCGAUGGGGCGGCGCGGAACACAACUAUCUUUCCCUCUGAUUCACCGUCUUCUUGUGCGUCCUCCUCCUCGUCGUCGCCAUCCAACUCGAAUUUGGAGGUGCUGGACCUCAGCUAUAACACACAGCUGGGGAACGACGGUGCCUUGCACGUCCUGCGCGCCCUUCGGCGUUGUACCUCAGUCCGCGCUGUUAUGUUGAGAAGUGUCGGCGUAGACGAUGCCGGUGCGCUUGCCGUGUCGGAUGUUGUGCGGCAGUGGCCCCCGCUCGCACCCGUCGCCUCCGCGGAGUCUGGACUUCGACCUUCAACGGCGUCUGCCACGAAGUUUUACUUAAAUCUCAAUGAGAACUACAUUGGGGCACGCGGCACCUAUGUGCUAGGGAAAGGGUUGCCGGACUACGUCUCCCUCACCUUGGCGAAGCAGCGUCCUCCGCUGGUGAAGGAGCGGAAGAGGGCACGUGAGAACGCGGGCGCUAGCGAGUAG